UUUUAAAAUUUCCCUGCUGUCAAAACCCGGCCAUGUUGACGCAGCUUCCGAUGGGUGCAAAUCGUGUAAAUCAUGUAAAAAUCGCGAGAUUCCUUCCUCAAAAAAUGCUAUUUUGAGGUAUUAAUAUGUGCGAGUUGCCGUGGUACGCAUUGGCUGAGAUCCACCUGCAGAACCGCGACAAAUCCAAAGAAAUCUACUGUUUAUGUAGCAGGGUUUUUGUAAGAAACAAAGAUGACAAUCUCAAACGAACCGUUUUCUCAUCCGAAUUCAGCGCUUCUGAAGAAGAACUUUUAAUCGAACAGGAGGUCUCGAGUGAAUGCAUCUCACUGCCCCAAAUUUUAAAGAAUAAAGUCAAACAGGAGGCCGAGACCGAGACGCUUAGUUGUUACUGCAGCGCCUCUCACACCGACAACCUCUCCACCGACGAGCACGACAGCCUCCGUGAAUCGCACGAGCCCCGUCGCGGUGGCCUCCAACCCAGUGACAGCGGCGCCGACCUCACCGAAUGCAUCAGACACGACAUCGACGCCGAUUGGCAGAAAUUUUGGUACCUCAACGGCGAAAAACUCAUCUGGGAAUCGUGGAUCGGCAAAUACAGCGCUUACAUCAACCCCGACUACCUCCAUAUCGCCCAAGACCAAGCCAACGGCGAAACCAGAACCAAAGAGCAGCGCGAACUGCUGACACUCGACAUCGAACCCCACGAAAAGAAUCGAGUCUUGGUGAGGAAUUUGUCCGGAAGCGAUGAUAAACUCUUCACGGAGGUGUCCGAAGGGUGGAAUCCCCUGUCGCCGGUCAGUGUGGACUGCGAGACGGAAGUGGAGCAGUUGUUGAGCUCGCGGUGUGGCUCACAUGCCAGCUCUCUGCGAACGGUGGAUUCAAUGACGAAUGUGACUCGCAUGACGAUCUCUUCGUUGGAUUUGAGCCAAAGUUCGCACAGUUCGGAUAGUUUUUCGUCGGUUAGUUCGGUCCAGAGCUCGAUGAGUUCCACCAGCUCGGAGGAGCACGAGGAGGAUUACCAACACCAAUGGAAUGUCCUCUGGAAGAGGCACUACGAGGAAGAGUUCAUGAAGCAAUACCAAAUUUUCGUGGCCAAUUGGAAAGAACACAACGUCAGUGAUGUUGUUUUAGGCGAAAAAAUCGAAAACUCCGUUCCUAGCACAGCCAAUGCGUAUUUAAGCAGCCCCUCGCACGUUAGCAAACAAACCAAGAAAAAUAUCCAUAAAGUGUUUCAAGGAAAAGUCGAGAAAAACGACGUCAAGUGUCCUAUCGAAGUCAAUAGCAACGUAGCCCAGUCUCUAGGGACUCUUUUAAGCAAUUUAAAAGUUUCGAGUGAGGAAAAUAGCAAAAUGGAAGAAACGAAAUGUUCAGAGAAUGAUAGUCUGGAUGAUGAGGCGACCAAAAUGGCCGCUAUGGGAUUACCAACCCAUUUUGGUACUGGAAAAAAUAAAAGAGAACGAGUCGAGGAGGCUGAUACUGUCGAAAAUUCGAUUGGUAUAACUAAUUUUGAGUCAUGUCGCAAGAAAAUCAAAGCAGCUUUUAAUCUGAUGGGGAUCGAAUUCCAAGACACCAAUUCUAACCCAAUUGCGGGCCAAGUCCAAUACAAAAUGAAGCACAUUAGGUUACAAAAUCGGCACUUGAAACUACGAAAUGAAGUACCAAGGCCCAAACACAUUCAUUUCGAUGAUGACGGUGCUGUUGUGGAACAAGAAGACCAAACUUUUCAGGGCGUUUUAUUGGACACAUCCGACGAUAAGCAAAGUUCAGCUGAUGAGGAAAUCGCAAGUGAACUCGUGACGACUCCGCCGAAAGUUGAGGAGCAGCCGGACGAAACGGUGGUCCCAAAGAGGAAGAAACGGAAGAAGAAGAUUAUCAUGCCACCGGAGAUCAAGGAAAAUACUCAUUUGAAGAAAUACUGGCAUAGGAGGUUUCACCUUUUUAGCAAGUUUGACGAAGGCAUUAAACUGGAUGAGGAGAGUUGGUACUCGGUGACUCCCGAGCAAAUCGCCAAACAUAUUGCACAGAGGUGUAAAUGCGACCUGAUUGUUGAUGGCUUUUGCGGGGCUGGGGGUAACGCAAUUCAAUUUGCAUUCACGUGCAAACGAGUUAUAGCAAUAGAUAUCGAUCCGAAAAAGAUCGAAUUGGCGCGAAAUAACGCCGAAGUUUAUGGUGUGGCAAACAGGAUUGAUUUCAUCGUGGGGGAUUUUUUCCAUGUAGCGCCUACGUUGAAAGCCGAUGUUGUGUUUUUUAGCCCUCCGUGGGGCGGGCCGACUUACAAAAACGAAGUGGUUUACGAUUUAGAGUCGAUGUUACUGCCUGUUCCCAUUUCCAAGCUUUUGGAAAUUGGUAGAGUGAUUACCAGCAAUAUUGCUGUUUUCUUACCGAAAAAUAGCAACGCUUUUUUAUUAAUUGACGAAACUACGCCGGGUGGAGGAGUUGAAAUUGAGCAGAAUUUCAUGAAGAAAAAUCUUGUUUCAAUUACUGCCUAUUACGGUGAUCUCAUUAAGAAAAUUUAAAUUCCAUUUAGUUAAGUUCAAAAUGUGUUUUAAUUUUGUGCAUUGUUUUCUAUGUUUUUUUUAAAUGUUUGUUCCAAUAAAAACUGAUUUGAAUGUGUUUGAA